CGGGAAGGGGGGGGGAAGCGCGGGCGCGAGCACGCAGGUCGCGCGCGGCUCGGCGCUCCCGGGGCUGCGCGCUGCGGCUGCCUGCAGAGCGCGCGCACACACGCCCGCCCUCCGCCUCCGCGGCGGCGAAUUUACGAACCUUCGGGCGGACUCCGAGCGACGCUCACGUGCGGGCACUGCCAGCCACCCCGGCGCUCGGCGGAGGCCUCCCGAGCUUCCUUCCAACACAGUUCUGCCCUCGUCUGUGGAGUGCCAGCUUUGCAGGCCGGCCCACUCCGCACAAAAGCCCCAAAGGGCCUCCGCCCCCUUCUUCCGUUCCUAAGAUGGCAAAUCCCAGCUCUUACUCUCUUGGCAGAUCCUCUCUAUAGGAGGCCCAACUUACUUUUGCUCCCGUUGGCUGCUCUUUCGGCCCAGGAGGCCAGUUUCUUCUACUGACCUAGAAAGAAAGCUCUCGACUCAUGUCCUCCUUUUGAGCUUCAGAACGCCCAGCAAAAUAAGUUGAGGGAGCUUCGAUCGUUGUUUGGCCUGAAGAUGUUACACCUAAGGGCCUCAUCUCCCUUUCUGGUUUCAGGUUUCUGGAACAGACCUAGAGCUUCACCAAGAGAAUUCAACUUGGAAACCAAGACUGGUAGACUCUCGUUUCUUCCGACAAGAGGCAGAAGUCAGAGAGAGACUGCGGAUUCUUGGGACACCUGUUUUCCUUUUGGAGGACACCGAGUUCUUUGAGAAGACAGUUCAAUAUGGCAAAGGAACUGAAAGAACGGGGAGGAGCCGUUACUGUGAUUUGGUGACGGUUCUUCAGACAACCAGUGUCUUAAGGAAAACUGGGACAGAGAACUUCUGAACUUUUUGGGUUCGUUAAGUGAGAAGUCAGCAUGGCUCAGGCAAGUCUUCUGGCUUGUGAAGGCCUAGCAGGUGUGAGUUUGGUUCCCACUGCAGCCAGCAAGAAGAUGAUGCUGAGCCAGAUUGCCAGCAAGCAGGCUGAAAACGGCGAGCGGGCAGGUAGCCCUGAUGUGCUGAGGUGCUCCAGUCAGGGCCACCGAAAAGACAGUGAUAAAUCCCGCAACCGCAAAGAGGAUGACAGCUUGGCUGAGGCCUCUCAUUCAAAAAAGACUGUUAAAAAGGUGGUGGUAGUGGAACAAAAUGGCUCUUUUCAAGUAAAGAUUCCCAAAAAUUUUAUUUGUGAACACUGCUUUGGAGCCUUUCGGAGCAGUUACCACCUCAAGAGGCACGUCCUAAUCCACACUGGUGAGAAACCAUUUGAGUGUGAUGUCUGUGAUAUGCGUUUCAUCCAGAAGUACCAUCUCGAACGCCACAAGCGGGUACACAGUGGCGAAAAGCCUUACCAGUGUGAACGAUGUCAUCAGUGUUUUUCUCGGACAGACCGAUUACUCAGACACAAACGGAUGUGCCAAGGAUGCCAGUCCAAGACUUCUGAAGGGCAGUUUUCUCUAUAGGCACAAGGGGCCCUAGGUGGUGGGAGUGCUGAGGAGAGUCUCUGGAAGAGCAUAGCCCUGUGUUCUGACGGUCCCACCACCACUCCCUCUGAACCUGUCCCCCUUCCUAGAGGACCAGCCCCAGGUUAGCAGAAGAGCGUCUGAGGACAUCGGCUCCAAAGCCCCAACUCUGUAACCAGUCUGAGGCUAUGAGUAUCCCAGGGACACCUGCAGCAUUCUUGGGCAAGGGAGCUGGUCCUUGAACCUCAGCUGAGAUGAGGUGGGGACUCAAAGGUGCAGGACCAAGACUGAAAUGUUCCCACAACCUUGGACUGGAACUGGCAGCUAAAAUGGAAAGGACCGGGGAGGGGUUUUUGUUGGUUCUGCUUUUGUUUUUGUUUAUCCAAAAGCAAUUUAAACAGGUAAACCGGGGAUACAGGUAAUGUGGAGGGGACAGUCCUGAAGCACAUCAAGGACUGUGGCUGGCCUGGCCAUGUCUGUCACCACAGUCCCUCGGUGUUCCACAGCCCGCCUAUUUGAAAGCAAAUAGGAAGGGGGCUGGCAGCUGGGCUUCCUUGGACUUCUUAUACACUGUGAAGACAAAAGGAGAAACUGGGAAGGACAGACGUGGGCUGGACAAGAAGCGUAGGCAUACCUUUUCUUAUCUCCUCAAGAAGAGCGGUGUUGUGUCACGGGUGUUCCCAUGGUUUGUGUGGCACUGGGGCCUGAUGGGAUCAGCUCAAGUGCCUUGUGGAGGACUUGGGUUCCGUAGCCCAUUUGGCUCUUUUUUCUGGGAAGUUGGUCUUGGUUGUGGUUUGUGGCUACCUCGCUUGUCCUUGACUCUAGAACCCAGGCACAGUUGAGCAGGGGGUUGUGGGUAUCAGAGUAUGCUGUCCUUUUGUGUCCUCUUAGAACAAGGAUAGUCCAAAGUUUUGUUAACUAUGAGAAAAACAGAAAUUGGGACAGUCCUUAUGGGACUUGUGUGAUGGAGCCCUCUCCCUGUCAGAAUCCUCUGCCUGUUCAAGUAGAGGAGAUGGAGGUCUGGUCUGGUCUGGUCUUCAGUCUCAGAGAACCGACCUUGGCUCCCUCCUGAUAGCAUCCCUGCAGAGUGGGGGGGGGGGGGUGCUUCAGAGGAAGGAUUGCAGGAAGACACCUAAUGUCUGCUUUAUUCUUGACCUUACUCUGUUAUAACACCCUUCUAUCUUGUCUACCCCUGGAAAGGUGAUUGGAUUAGUGUGUGUGUCUGAUUUGUGAAUGCUUGUGUUUCUUUGCUUGGAAGGGGUGAAAAUUGUUGACUGAAAUUCAUUCGGCCACCAACUUGGAGGACAGAAAAACGUAGGGCAGCCUUCCCACCCAGACCUGAAGGACGUCUGCCUCCCUUGUUCUUGCUGAGAACAGGGGAACAGAGGGGCUUGUUUCAGAAGAAUGUUGAGGGUUUUUUCUCAUUGUUGUUAGGUUGAUUUAACCGUGUACUGAUCAGAGUGUUUCUAAGCCAGGGCUUCUGAACAUGUACUUUCUAAAGUGAGAUAACUUCUGCUAAAGAAAGGAUUCUUAAGGGAGACCUUGGGGUUUCAUUGAGCACUCCAGGACCCCUGAGGCCUACUUCAGGUGUAAUCUUUGGGUUACACCUGAGCACACAACUCCAGCUGUGGGUAGGAAUCUGAGCUGGCCGCCUCCAGGAAGAAGUUUUGACUUGCAAAUGAGAGCCAGGCAGCAACCUACCUUAAGACCUCUUCCAGUGUAUUGGGAGAUGGUCCACCACAACUUAAGGGGAGAAGGGAGAAUGUCUCAGCCUUCAGUUUUCCUCUGAUAGCACCUGAGAGGAGGUCUGAAGAGGACAGCCUGCCGUGUGUUCUGGCUCCCUGCUGUCCCUCUAACGUGCUGUAAAGCCUGCGCCUCUGACCUUCGUCCGCCGUGUGGCCCCUGGGCAUCCAUGUUCGUGAUGCACAGACCCUUUGCUGUUAGAGGGUUCUGCUGGGCUGGGAUUUUUCUGUCACUGGGAAAGAGGAUACGCUGAGAAAGAUAUCCUCCCAGAAAUGCUUUUGAAAGUGGAAUCCCUCCCUGCCACUCGUAGAUGAUCUGUUCGUGCUGAAAGUUGGCAGAGUGGCCUGUGCCUCUGCAAGUAUGAAUGUGUUUCCUGGGUCAGAGCAGGCCCUGCAGACAGUGGCGUUCUGCCUAGGUGGGAGCUGAGAGAAGUGAGAGAGAACUGGAUGUGUACAGACAGCCCACCCAGAACCACACUGCCAAGGCCAGGUGUGAGAGGCUCAGAAGCUGGCAGUGGGUAAGGACAGACAGGCUCUGGGGUGGAGAGUAAUACAACAGCCAAGAGCCUGGGCAGAAGCCACAUCUCUACCCUGGGGGAAUGCACAGACAGCUGCAAAGGCUCCUGAGCCUGAUGCCCCCCUCUGCUGGGGUGGGUUGUUAGCACUGGACAGAUGUCUCAGGUGUGUGUAGAAGGGGAAAUGAGAAGGUGGGUGCUCAGACAUCAGAAUGUGGAUGUGGGUUUGGUAGGGAGAGUAAUACCGGUCCUUGGAUGGACUCCUGCACCAGGCCGUCCCAUCCCACCCUUGCUGGUGCCUGCCCUUCCCAUCCGUCCCUGACAGCCUCUUGUCAUUUAGCUACUGAUUGUACUUCAUGGCUUGACAUAGAGGGUUAGAGAAGUGGGGUGACCACACUUUGAGCCCUCUCCCCAGGUUCCUUCUGCCCCUGCUGUGGCCCUGGGCUUUUAUCUUCAAUUCCCCUCCUACCGUGCUCCAUUUUUUUUUAAAUAUACUUAUUUUGCUAUGGGGGAGGGGAACUAUCAAAUGGACAAGAUUACUUUUAAUGUAGUUUUUAUAAGAUGUUAUAAACUUGUAUCUUUUUACCAUUAAAGUGCAGUGUAUGUUCCUUCGUGACAUAUUUAGGAUAUUUAAAUAAAAAGGAUGGCGCUUUUCUACAUUCCAUGUC